GCACUGCACACGACUUGGUUAUCAGUGUGACUUCACCCCACGAUAUACGUACAAGGAUGACUCGCCGGCUAAGGAGCUGGAGAGUAUCACAGACCGUUCUGGAAAUCGUAUGAAUGCAUUUUCCGGUUUUAUUUCAAGUUGACUUUUUUAUUUUUGCGUAUUGGGAGUGUGAGAGGAUGGUCCCUAACUUCUCACUUUCUUCAGCCGACCCUCACGGAUUCCUUGGGAAUGACUGGAGACCAAGACGCGGUCCGCAGGUGCUACCAGCGUACAAGUUUGCCGAGUGUGUGCGUGACGUUGAUCGAGAAAUGCUCGCGGCACAACACAAACCAGGGUCUUUCUUCGUGGUUGCUACCUGUCGGGCCUUUGAAAGCACAAACAAGACCCUCAACCCAGGAAUUCCGACCUGCUAUUACACGGUCUGUCUAUCUAACUGGUCGCCUCCCCAAAGCACUCCUGUCUCAGUAACGAUCUGGGAAUUCCUUCGUACCGACCCUGGGGCUCCCCAUAACAUUCCGGGAAACCGGUUGCUGGAGAGUCAGAAGUCCGAGCGAUAUUAAACCAACAGUUAAUUAAUUAUCCCCCCAAUCUAGACAACCGGGCUCUCGACAUCGUCAAUUAUUGUAUAAAUACUGCCCGUCCGCCCACGGGUCGAAAUUGGUUCCCUGUCAUCAUACCAUGGGAGGGCCAGAGUGCUAAUGUUAGUAGAGUGGAUUCCCCCCAACAAAUGUUGAGAUGAUUUCUAGAGAAAUAUAUCCGAAAAUAUCAUGCCUGAUCUCUGCACUCCGUAAAUCGGGUCACGUGUGUUUUUAAAUUCUCUAAAUAGAAUUC